GUACGUUCUCGUCUACAAGUAAUUUGAAUCCAUUUUACUGUACGUAUUUUGGCUAGUGAUAAUUACCUUUUCAUCAUUGGUCAGGUUUCAGACACUAUAUAUAUCAAGAUUAUGGAAAGAGUAUCAUUCUCACAUUAUGGAAGAACUUCUCGAACACUUCCUUACACCAUAAGGUUCGUUGGUCUAUUUGGCAGUCAUUCUCUUGGUAGAAAUCCAAAGUUUAUGGUUACUGUGGUAGAUUUAGGAAGGGAAUUGAUAAGGCGAAAAAUUAAACUUGCUUAUGGAGGAGGUAGUGUUGGCCUUCAAGGAGCUGUUGCUUCAACAGUCUUCACCAAUGGUGGUCUCGUUAGAGGUUUUAUUCCUGGGUACAUAGCAACACGACAGGUUUACGGACCUACAUACGGUGUAGAGCAUACAGUUUCCAGUAAUUACUACAAAUAUUUUGAGAUAAAUCAUGCUGUGGAAGCUUUCAUUGUUCUUCCCGGAGGAGUUGACACUAUGGAAGGUUUGUUCACCUUGAUCUCGUGGGCUUCUGAAGGGUUACACAAUAGACCCAUUGGUCUCUUGAACAUUGACAGUUAUUUCAAUAACCUAAUCAAGUUUCUAGAUGAUGCGGUGAGGCAGAACUUCAUGGCUUCCAGUCAGAGGAAACAUUUCAUUUCUUCUUUCUUUGUUGAUGAGCUUUUGGACAAGCUAGAGUUUGCUAAAGUUUUCCCGGAUCCUGGGGCUAGUUACAACGAGUUUGUGAAUCCUGGAAGACUAGACUUAGAAUUGCAUUUGUAACUUUCUUCAUGUAAUCCAAGUCGUAUCUUGUGUUGAAAUAAUAUUAUUCAUAAACAUCAAUGGUUAGCCACAUGCAAGCUACAUUUUCUUCAUUCUUCAGUCUUUCACUGUUGGUGUCACUAUUUCACGUCAUGUUUUGUAUCAUCAUCACGGUCGCGAUCUUUUACGUCAAUAGGAUAUUCGAACGAGUCAACUAUCUUAUUGAUUUGUCUUGUCAGCAUCACUUUACUUCAUUU